AUGUCAUCUUCUGAUGAAGAAAUUGCUAUUGGAACAACAAUGGAUGUCUUUAUUAAACGUUCAAAAUAUAAAAGUUGGUCAGCUUCUGAAAUAAUUGGAAAAAAAGUACCAGAAACAGAUGAAAGUAGAGAAAUUAGGCAGAAUUUAGAUGAUAUUAAAAGAGUUUUAGAUAAAGAAAAAAUUAAUGAUUGGUUAUAUACAAAUUUCGAUAGUGUAAUGAAUUCCUUCUAA